UACAAAUCUCUGAGUCGACCAGACGACCACUUCUUGUCCAAUUCCACCUGCCAAAACUUUUUUGACUUUUGGAACUCAUCAUCAAAAUGGAUGCUAUGCUCCCCACCGCUGGCGCGAGCCAGUCAAUUCUUCUGCUUGGCUCUGGCUUCGUUGCCCGUCCCACCGCCGAGAUCUUGAGCGAGUCCGGCUUCAACGUCACCGUUGCUUGCCGUACCAUCGAGAACGCCAAGAAGUUCUCUGAGGGCAUCAAGAACGCCACCCCCAUCUCCCUCGACGUCUCUGAUGCCACCGCUCUUGACGCCCAGGUUGGCAAGCACGCCUUGACCAUCUCUCUGAUCCCUUACACCCACCACGCCACCGUCAUCAAGUCGGCCAUCCGCAACAAGAAGCAUGUUGUCACUACCUCUUACGUCUCUCCUGCUAUGAUGGAGCUUGACGCCGAGGCUAAGGAGGCCGGCAUCACCGUCAUGAACGAGAUUGGUCUUGACCCCGGUAUCGACCACCUGUACGCCGUCAAGACCAUUGACGAGGUCCACAAGGCUGGUGGCCGCAUCAAGUCUUUCCUCUCCUACUGCGGUGGUCUGCCCGCCCCCGAGAACUCUGACAACCCUCUGGGCUACAAGUUCUCUUGGAGCUCCCGUGGUGUCCUGCUGGCCCUCCGUAACGCCGCCAAGUUCUACCAGGACGGCAAGAUUGUCGACAUUGAGUCCAAGGAGCUGAUGGCCACCGCCAAGCCCUACUACAUCUACCCCGGCUAUGCUUUCGUCGCCUACCCCAACCGUGACAGCACUCCCUACCGUGAGCGCUACAGCAUCCCCGAAGCCGACACCAUCAUCCGUGGUACCCUCCGCUACCAGGGCUUCCCCGAGUUCAUCAAGACGCUCGUCGACAUGGGCUUCCUGUCCGACGAGGAGGUCGAGUACCUCAAGCCCGGCUCCACCCCUCUGGCCUGGCGCGAGGUGACCAAGCGCGUCCUUGGCGCCACCUCGGACGCUGACGCGGACCUCGUCUGGGCCGUCUCGUCCAAGGCCUCGUUCGCCAACAACGACGAGAAGAACCGCAUCAUCGACGGCCUGCGCUGGAUCGGCAUGCUCAGCAGCGACCCCGUGGAACCGCGCGGCAACCCGCUCGACACGCUGUGCGCGACGCUGGAGAAGAAGAUGCAGUACGAGAAGGGCGAGCGCGACAUGGUGAUGCUGCAGCACAAGUUCGGCAUUGAGAACGCCGACGGCACCACCGAGACGCGCACGUCGACGCUCGUCGAGUACGGCAAGCCCGAGGGCUCGGGCGGCUACUCGGCCAUGGCCCGCCUGGUCGGCGUGCCGUGCGCCGUCGCCGUCAAGCUGGUGCUCGACGGCAAGAUUGCCGACAAGGGUAUUCUUGCGCCCAUGACGCCUGCCAUCAACGACCCGCUCAUCAAGGAGCUCAAGGAGAAGUAUGGCAUCGAGUGCAUUGAGAAGACUGUUGGUUAAAUAGCAAUGUGUCUCUGCGCUAGAGUAGCUGCGUCGUGAGGCGCGGGAAUGAAAAAAUAGGUAUGAAUGUUACGUAGUUGGAAGACGAAAUGAACGCUCGUAGGAGCAAUGGCUCGCACUG